GGGGGGCGGCGGGCACCGGCGGCUGCGGCAGGGGAGGGGGGGGAGCGGACAAGUGAGUGACCGCGGCGGGCGGAGGAGGGAGGCGGGCGGACCGCGGCGCCCCGCCCCGCCCUGCCCGGUGGCGCCCGGCUCCUGUAGCGGUUGCUUUGCAGCGCGCUCGGCGCUGCCCGGUGCGUGCGGGGGGAAGGAGACGGGCGGGCCCCGGCGGACGGCGGCGGCAGCGCCCGCCAGGAGGGCGAAUUGCUGGUUCCUGCCGACUGUACAUGCCAUUUGGCUUGGGGAACAGAAUGCGCCAUGGGACAACCUCAACGAUUUCUCUCCAGACGGGGUCUCUUACUUGGGUGAUGUGUCUGCUGUCCUGACUGUCUUCAUACCCAAAGGAUUUAUUUUCCUUUUGGAAAUAUUUUAAGUUGAAAUCUUGUUCCUUACUGGAAACUGUCUACACUAAAGACUGCACGCAUCAUGGGUGAUAUGGCAAACAACUCGGUUGCAUAUAGUGGCGUAAAAAAUGCUGUAAAAGAAGCUAAUCAUGGAGAUUUUGGAGUUACUCUUGCAGAGCUCCGUUCUCUUAUGGAACUUCGAGCUGCAGAUGCACUGCAUAAAAUACAGGAAUGCUAUGGAGAUGUACAUGGCAUCUGUACAAAAUUGAAAACUUCACCAAAUGAAGGUUUAAGUGGAAAUCCAGCAGAUAUAGAAAGAAGAGAAGCAGUUUUUGGGAAGAACUUUAUACCUCCUAAAAAGCCAAAAACAUUUCUUCAGUUAGUAUGGGAAGCACUGCAGGACGUUACACUAAUUAUAUUAGAAAUUGCAGCUGUAGUAUCCUUGGGCCUUUCUUUUUACCAGCCUCCAGGAGGAAAUGAAUCAUUAUGUGGAUCAGUAAAUAUUGGUGAAGAAGAGGAUGAAUCUGAAACAGGUUGGAUUGAAGGAGCAGCAAUCCUCCUAUCUGUAGUUUGUGUGGUAUUAGUAACAGCUUUCAAUGACUGGAGUAAAGAGAAACAAUUUCGGGGAUUGCAGAGCCGUAUUGAACAAGAACAGAAAUUCACAGUCAUCAGAGGUGGCCAAGUCAUCCAAAUACCAGUAGCUGACAUAAUUGUUGGAGAUAUUGCACAAGUGAAAUAUGGUGAUCUCUUACCGGCUGAUGGUGUACUCAUUCAAGGAAAUGACCUUAAAAUCGAUGAAAGCUCAUUGACUGGGGAAUCUGAUCAUGUUAAGAAAUCCCUGGACAGAGAUCCUAUGCUGCUGUCAGGCACACAUGUGAUGGAAGGCUCUGGAAGAAUGGUAGUAACUGCUGUAGGUGUGAACUCUCAGACUGGAAUCAUCUUUACCUUACUUGGGGCUGGAGGAGAUGAAGAAGAGAAGGAGAAGGAAAAAGAGAAGAAGGACAAGAAAAGUAAAAAGCAAGAUGGAGCUGUUGAAAACCGUAACAAAGCUAAAGCUCAGGAUGGUGCAGCCAUGGAAAUGCAACCACUGAAGAGUGAGGAUGGUGGAGAUGGAGACGAGAAAGACAAGAAGAGAGCAAACUUGCCAAAGAAGGAGAAGUCAGUUCUUCAAGGCAAACUUACAAAGCUCGCAGUCCAGAUUGGCAAAGCAGGUUUGUUGAUGUCUGCAAUUACAGUCAUUAUCCUUGUGUUAUAUUUUAUAAUUGAUACCUUCUGGGUUCAGAAGAGACCUUGGCUUGCUGAAUGUACACCAAUUUAUAUUCAGUAUUUUGUGAAGUUCUUCAUUAUUGGAGUUACAGUCUUGGUGGUGGCUGUACCAGAAGGUCUUCCACUUGCAGUCACUAUAUCUCUGGCUUACUCUGUUAAGAAAAUGAUGAAAGAUAAUAACUUGGUGAGACAUCUGGAUGCGUGUGAAACAAUGGGCAAUGCAACAGCUAUUUGCUCAGAUAAAACAGGAACAUUGACCAUGAACAGAAUGACAGUGGUCCAAGCCUACAUCAAUGAAAAACAUUAUAAAAAAAUUCCAGAACCAGAAGCUAUUCCAGAGAAAACCAUGGCUUACCUUGUGACAGGAAUUUCUGUUAAUUGUGCUUAUACUUCCAAAAUACUGCCUCCUGAAAAAGAAGGUGGCCUACCACGUCAUGUUGGAAAUAAAACUGAAUGUGCCUUGCUGGGAUUGCUCUUGGAUUUAAAGCGUGAUUAUCAGGAUGUAAGAAAUGAGAUACCAGAAGAGGAUUUGUACAAAGUGUACACCUUCAACUCUGUUAGAAAGUCUAUGAGUACUGUGUUAAAAAACUCUGAUGGCAGUUUCCGGAUAUUCAGUAAAGGUGCCUCUGAGAUAGUUCUUAAAAAGUGCUUCAAAAUACUGAGUGCUAAUGGAGAACCAAAGGUAUUUAGACCUAGGGACCGCGAUGAUAUCGUGAAAACUGUAAUUGAGCCAAUGGCUUCCGAAGGGCUCAGAACCAUCUGCUUGGCAUUCAGAGACUUCCCAGCAGGGGAACCUGAGCCGGAAUGGGACAAUGAAAAUGAUAUUGUUACUGGCCUGACAUGCAUUGCUGUUGUCGGGAUUGAAGAUCCUGUGAGACCUGAGGUACCUGAUGCAAUAAAGAAGUGUCAACGUGCAGGCAUAACUGUACGUAUGGUCACUGGCGAUAACAUUAACACUGCUCGUGCUAUUGCAUUAAAAUGUGGUAUUCUGAAUCCUGGUGAAGAUUUCCUGUGUUUAGAGGGUAAAGACUUUAACAGGAGAAUACGCAAUGAAAAAGGAGAGAUAGAGCAAGAGCGAAUAGAUAAAAUUUGGCCAAAGCUUCGUGUUCUUGCAAGAUCUUCUCCCACUGACAAACAUACUCUCGUAAAAGGUAUAAUCGAUAGCACUGUCUUUGAACAGAGGCAAGUUGUAGCAGUAACUGGUGAUGGUACCAAUGAUGGUCCAGCUCUGAAGAAGGCAGAUGUUGGAUUUGCUAUGGGUAUUGCUGGAACAGACGUAGCUAAAGAAGCUUCUGAUAUUAUCCUUACAGAUGACAACUUCACAAGUAUUGUUAAAGCAGUUAUGUGGGGACGAAAUGUGUAUGACAGCAUCUCCAAGUUUCUUCAGUUCCAGCUUACUGUCAAUGUAGUAGCAGUAAUUGUUGCUUUUACAGGAGCAUGCAUAACACAAGAUUCUCCGCUUAAAGCUGUACAGAUGCUGUGGGUAAAUCUCAUAAUGGACACAUUAGCUUCUCUUGCCCUGGCAACAGAACCACCUACUGAAGCUCUUCUGUUGCGAAAGCCUUAUGGUAGAAACAAACCUUUGAUUUCUCGUACAAUGAUGAAGAACAUUUUGGGUCAUGCAUUCUACCAACUUGUAGUGGUCUUCACACUCCUCUUUGCUGGUGAGAGAAUUUUUGAUAUCGAUAGUGGAAGAAAUGCACCUCUGCACGCUCCCCCUUCAGAGCAUUAUACUAUUGUAUUUAACACAUUUGUGAUGAUGCAGCUUUUUAAUGAAAUUAAUGCCCGGAAAAUUCAUGGUGAAAGAAAUGUUUUUGAAGGAAUCUUCAACAACGCUAUCUUCUGUUCUAUUGUUCUGGGGACAUUUGUCGUGCAGAUAAUUAUAGUGCAGUUUGGUGGGAAGCCUUUCAGUUGCUCAGAACUCUCGAUUGAACAGUGGCUGUGGUCCAUUUUCCUGGGCAUGGGAACACUACUUUGGGGCCAGUUGAUUUCAACAAUUCCAACCAGCCGCCUGAAAUUCCUUAAAGAAGCUGGUCAUGGAACACAAAAGGAAGAGAUUCCUGAAGAAGAACUAGCAGAAGACGUAGAGGAGAUCGAUCAUGCUGAGAGGGAAUUACGUCGUGGUCAGAUCUUGUGGUUUAGGGGCCUAAACAGGAUACAAACUCAGAUGGAUGUAGUGAAUGCUUUCCAGAGUGGAAGUACCAUUCAGGGGGCUCUAAGGCGGCAACCCUCCAUCGCCAGCCAGCACCAUGAUGUAACAAAUAUUUCUACCCCUACACAUGUAGUGUUUUCCUCUACUACUGCUUCUACUACUGUGGGAUCCGAGUGGUGAAUGCAUUUCGUAGCUCCUUGUACGAGGGGCUAGAGAAACCUGAGACACGAAGUUCAAUUCACAAUUUUAUGACGCAUCCUGAGUUUAGAAUAGAAGACUCCGAGCCUCAUAUUCCCCUUAUUGAUGAUACUGAUGCUGAAGAUGAUGCUCCAACAAAACGCAACUCUACUCCCCCACCCUCUCCCAAUAAAAAUAACAAUGCGGUUGACAGUGGAAUUCACCUUACAACAGACAUGAACAAGUCUGCUACCUCUUCAUCCCCAGGGAGCCCGCUACAUAGUUUGGAAACAUCACUCUGAUUGUAAGCUGAAUGUUAACACACUAGCUGCAUUGUAAAGAAAUUGAAACUGGGUCUCUUCACACAUUAUGAUGGACAAGAUGAUAUUCUUGUCUCGGACUUCAACAGAAGACACACUUGUACGAAUGUAGAUUUAUUUUUUUAAAAAACAAAAGCUUUCUGCCAGACUGGAGGGUGCUUUUCUGGGGGUGGGAGUAAUAAUGAACUCUGACAGAUAAACAGUAACUCAGCAUAAGUGACCUGUGGAUCAUCUGUUGUACUUAAGAAUGGUCCUGAACAGUGUGUUAGCAGAGCUUUAGUUUAUCAUGAUCCUUUUCUGAGGGGAAGGCUGGGAAGGGCAAGGAGGCCCUGGAUCAUUGAAUUGAUACUUUAAUUUCUGCUGUUGGCUGUUAAUAAUUUGGAUUAUUUAUGUUUAUAAAUGAUACAGAUCUGUUUACAAGGUUUGUAGAUACUUUUUUGUUCCUGUUCAUAGAUGGGAAGCUUCCUUAUAAAUGAUGCAGAGAAAAAAUAAAAAAACAAAACAAAAAAACUAGUCCUUCAAAUACUGCUGUAUUUUCAGGAAAAGGGUGUUUCUAUUGAAACUGUACUAAAUUUUGCCUGCAAUUUACCUUGUUAAAUAUUGUAGAUAAAUUGCUACUACUAAUAGCCAAAUAGAUAACACUAAUGCUUUGUAAAAACAUGAGCAGUGGUGUUCUAAUGAAGUUAUGGCCUCUGUCCUAAUUAGUUUCUUAAAUACAUUUACUACUUAAUGGUUUUGAAACAAUUGUUUAAUUUUUAAAAAUUUUGAGAAACAUACUGAAUAACUUUUGUUCAGAACUUAGUAGGAUUGUUUAAUGCAGGACAUCAAUAUGUGAUGGAACUUGCUUGAAAUAUUUCUGUUAUCUCGGGCAAAAUGGAUUAAAUCAAAAUACAUCAGAAUCUUAGUCCUUUGUUUUUGUCUAAACAUGUUAGUUUAGUGCUGUCUUGGUGAACUGUGAGUGGAACUGUGAUUUUUUUUUUUUUUUUUUUUUUUUUUUUUUUUUUUCCCCCCCCUAAUCUAUAGAAUCCUUCAUGCAGCAUGAGGGCUGUUGGCAUUUUGAAAGGUUGUUAGUGGGUAGCAUACAUGUUCUCCUUUUUGUUUUUGAAACUUGUUUGUAAACAUGAAUAAAUCUGCCCUUUUGUUAAAAUAAAA